AUGAAAUUAAAUACAAAAACAUUUUUAAUAUAUUUUAUUACAAAUUAUAAAUAUAAUGAACAAAAUUUAAUAUUAUUAUCAAAUAAUCAAGAUUCUAUUGGUAACACAUAUACUAUUAGUAUUAAAAAUUUUAUAAAUGAAGAAGAUUAUAAAUAUUUACCACCAGAACAACAAUUGAUAAAAUUAAAUGAAGAUAAGAAAUUAUAUAAUAAUGUACAAAGAUUAAUAAAAAGAAGUCGAGAAUAUGAAUUACCUAAAAAUGAAAUUACAUUUGAAUCAAUAUAUCCUAAUACACAAUUAACUAAUGGAACAGGAACAAAUACUGGAACUGGUGUAACAAAUGAUGGAACUAAUACAAAUGAUGGAACUGAAUUGGAUAAUGAAAUAGAUAUAAAAGAAAUAUAUAAUAAAGAAUAUGAACCAAUAAGAACAGAAUAUAAUAGUAAAAAUACAUUAGAAUUAAUACCUUCAAUUGUACAAAAACCUAUUAUACCUACUGAAGAUCGUAUCUACUUAAAUACCUAA